AAUUCUGCUGUGCUGCAAAUAAUUCUUACAGCAGUGCUGUACUUACACCAGUUGAUCUUUCCUGCUUGUUUUAAAACAGGCUUAGAAGAGGGCGCCACAAUGGAGGAUGUGUAUUUGGCAUCGGUCGAGACAGACAGAGGUGUGAAGGAGCAGUUGCGGCUUUAUGACACCAGGGGUCUGCAGGAGGGGGUAGAAUUGCCAAAACACUAUUUCUCGGUCGCUGAUGGCUUUGUUCUCGUGUAUGCCGUGACCAGCCUCGAAGCUUUCCAAAGAGUCGAACUGCUCAAAAAGGAGAUCGAUGUCUUUAGAGACAAAAAGGAGGUAACAGUUAUUGUCUUGGGAAACAAAACUGACCUCCUGGACCAAAGGCAAGUGGAAACAGAAGCAGCCCAGCAAUGGGCAAGGGCUGAGAAAGUGAGACUGUGGGAAGUGACUGUGACAGAUCGGAAAACACUGCUUGAGCCCUUCACCUUCUUAGCCAGCAAACUCUCCCAGUCCCAGAACAAAUCAACAUUUCCCUUGCCUGGAAGGAAGAGCAAAGGGAAUAACUGUGAUAACUAAGCUACCUUAGCAUUGUCUGCUGCUACCGAGUCACAGCCUAAGUCCUUUCUGUGCCAUUUGCUUCUCACAGUUCCACUUAAAGCAAUAAUCUCAUUCAGCAAUAAAAUCAGCAAGCUUAUGGCCAAGAGGUAUCCUCCCUUCUCACGGACUUAGCUUGAAAGUCACUGGUGGGAAAAGCCUUAAAACGCACUUAGGAGAGUUGUCGUCUUGCAACAAGGGUUAUAGAGGAGAGGACAGGGGCACACCUCUCUAGUAGGGGCUUUGAGUAUGCCUGGAUACAGCCAUGUUGAGGGACAAAUCAACAAGCCUGUAUUAAAAAAUCCCCCUGCAGAUCUAUAGCCUCUAGUCACAAAUAGUACUAGCUGCAAUAACGCAUUCAAUUUGGAGGGAGGAUAUGUUUGAAAUAGCAACAGUCAUUUUACCUGGACCUUAAACCAGGCCACAGGACAUUUUGAUGCUGCAGGAGGCUGAGGUCAGUGUGUUGCAGGAGAAGGGUUUGGGGCAAGAGGAACAACCACCAGCAGAUUUAGCGCUGAAGUUCUGCUAGCAUCUGGAAGGAAAAAAAACCAAAACAACCAAACAACAAAACAAAAAACCCAACCAAAUCUUGUGGGAAAUACUAGAACAGAUCUAUCCCAACAUGAAACGUCAGCAGUCUGGCAGGUAGUGCUUUCCACUCAGGAAUUUAUUUGUACAAACCAGAAAAGCACUCAGAGCACUCAUUAAUUUAACUGCGACCUGAAGGACAACAUAGCUGUACCUGGUUUUGUUCCAGCAUGUCCAGUACAAAUCAGUCACAUUCACACAGGUGAUAAUUUUACUGAGAAAUUACACAGAUUAGUUUUGUAUGCAGGAGGUACUGCCCAGGCUCUGCAUAGUGCAUUGCAUAAUGUCCCUACCCAGCCAUUCAGCCAAGCUGGAGGGGAGAGAGUGGGCUAGGGAGCAUAGGAUGCUGCCUUUUGGGAACAUCCCCAUGGCAAACACCCAGAAAUACCUGUAAAAAUGGCCUUGGUCUUAAUAUGCCGCACACUGUCCAGCAGCAGGAGCACAGCUGUAUGUGCUGUGUUUGACUCCAUGCCGGUAAACCCAUGCUAUAGGAAUCUGCUGUCCUAGGUCAGCCUGUCAGUAAACUAAACAAAAUUGGAUAUAGAGGGGCAGAAUGAGCAACUGUUCCCAGAGAGUGGCCAGCUCUUGGCCUUUAACAACCUCUUACACUAAUUGCUACUAGCUUUUCUUUAUAUUUGAGGACAAGAGUGGGGAGAGAGAGUGAAGUACUCAGUUCCCUCAUUUUCCACUAAAUUAAUGUUGUUUUGAACAAAUGUUGAGAAUUUCACUGUGAGUCAGCAAAACCACAAGCAAUAUUUGCACUGUCAUAUCAUAACUGCUAAAUAGUAAGUGUGCUUAAUGAUCACAAUUAAACUGUGUGCUUAUAGCAUUGCUCUUCCUGAAUACUGACAAAUAAAGUCCGUCAGCAUUAUUAACGUCAGAGCAGCAGUACAAUUCACUAAAAAUUAAGCAGGUAUUCCUACCUUUAUAAUGAAGGCAGACGAAACUGUUUAUGUGCUUUGCUCAAUAUAGUUUGGAUUACCGUGGCCAAGGAGUAAGAUAAGAGAGCAAUUAUGAAUGAGCAAGCUCUUGUAAUGCCCUGCUAGAAACAUACAAUUGUUUUCAUUGCAACACUGCAGCUGAGUAAGCACUAUAGCAUGACCUCCCCUGACCUGGCUAGCAAGAGUCAUGGUCCCCAGCGAUGCUGCGGAACAACACUCCCUCCUCACUCAUUUCCUACUGAAGGCACGUGUACACAAGGCUUCUCCCUCCCCAGAAGACUCCAUCCACAUCUGCCUGUGUGCUUGGGAAGUGGGAGUGACUUCAGAGCAGAAGCGGUUCACCUCCUUGCUGCAACCUCUCACCAAGGAAUUGGUGAUGUUCCUCCUCUUCAGUUCUGCAGAACCCUUCUUCUAGAACAGCCUUGAUUCAGCUUUGCAUCAAUCAAAAUAAGCGAAGACCUCUGCUAACUGCACAUCAUCACUGAAGCUGACCUUAGAGCUAAGGCAGUGCAGGUUGACAAGUCAGAAUUAACUCAAAAUGUGUGGAGACGGAAGGAACGGAGAUGCUUGGUUCUCGUCCAGUUCUGCACCCUGCAGACUUGGUGCGAAUUCCACUGCCAAGACUGAUGUCACCUGUAGGCUGCCAGAGCCACACUGUGAGAGAUGAGCUUGCUCCCCUCAAUGCUCAGGACUUGGCGUUUUAAGAAAGGCAAGAGGAAAAAGGAUCUUCUGAAUUACUAAGGCUGUUUUUCCAAAUAGGUUACCUAAAGGCAAACACCUUCUUUGAUUUGGUUAAAUUCAUUAGAAAUGAGUUUAGAUUAUUUUGGGUAUUCACAUAAAUAACCUUUACCCACUGUUUUCUUUCAUAAGCUUAUUCUGAUGCUUGUUAAGCAUUCAAAUUGUCUUUUCUAGAUACCAUAGUAUUUUACUGAGAAGUGAUGGAAAAACAUAGUGUCUCCUCUGCAAUCAAUCUAUGCGUAGUGGCUGAUAUUGAGUAAAAAUGAAACUCACUGUAGCACAGUUUUACACAGGGUUAAUAAGUAAAGCACACAGUAUAAUGUAGUAGCUAAAGGGCAGAAUGUGUAUUUUGUUCUUACUAUUCCACUGACUCAAAACCUGUCCUAGGUCACUGGGAUCACUUACCUCCUAGAAAGCUAGACAGUCCCUUCAAAAUAUAAUGGAGAAACGUUAUUAUAAAAAAGAAAAAUAAAUUAGUAAAUUGAACCAUCAUUCCCUGUUCCUCUUAAACUUCUAUCGUGCUGAAUAAACACGGUGCAGAUCAGUCACCCCAAAUCAGCUCCCUUCCCCCUGCUAGCUGCAACAGUUAAUUUGGCAUGCCCUGGUAGCAUCAAGCAAGGGGCCGACAAAAACCUACUGAGAUUAAGCCAUUUACCUCCUCACUCAGUAAAGGAGAGGAGGAAACAAUUACCAGAGAUGCUUCUGGUGUGAUGUAGCUAUAUACCAAUAAUUUUCCAAGGCUGAGCCAAACAGCUGAGGGAGCUCAUACACCAAAACAUACAUUGUGUCAAAAGAAAGCAGUUCAGGUGAAGUUAAUGUACUACUACGCACAACCAGCCAGCAAAGGAAGGGUACCUCUAAUUAACAAUUACUUUGGCCCAUGUAAGAUUUGAUCUAUAUAUAUACAGAUAGGAAGAGAAGUAUAUAAAUAAAAUGUACACAGAAUUUAUUUUAAAGCACCAAAACAAAUCUGAGCACGCAGAUGACCACAGAGCACUAAGAAGAAUGUUGGAAGGUGAAGUACUUGCCAUGUGAAAAUGAAUCUGUACUUCCGGCCUUUACCUUAAGGGAGUGGUCAAAAAUGCCAUAUCCACAACUAACUGCCCUGUUGCUACACACCUCAAUGUAAACACCAUGUCUCUAGGAGAUGAUCUUUGUAGGUAGUUAAAGGAUCUACAGAUUAAGUCUCCUUUAUAGUGUCUUCUGCUAGCUUACCAGGACAUGAUGCCUUCUCCUCUUCCAAGUGGGAACAGACCACUCCAUCAGAAAACCAUGAAGAUAUUCUCUUCUUCCUUUUACUUCCUGCUUGUUUCCCCUCCAGAUCUCUUACACUUUUCCGGUUGUAUUUUCAAAUAAUGUGCCAGUCCUGAAAAGCCAAUGCUGUGAAAACUUGAGCUAAAAAGUAACUAGCACAGACCCUGUGGCAGGUUAACCUCUUCAUGGGCCGUGCCUGCCUGGCAACACGUACACAGUAAACAGUUGAAAAAGUCUUAUGCUGUUGUUCGUUGUAUGCUUGUCUAGAAGUGUCUUCCCAAAAUAGCAGCAGUCAGCACACUCACCUGCAGAUCUGCCUGGUCCUCAUCCAUACUGUAAUCCUCAAAGCGCACUGGGAGACACUGCUCUGGCAAAAUGACAAAGCAAGGCAUGAAGGAGAAAUCUUUUCUUCUUCUUUUUUUUAAACAUCUUUUUAUUAGCACAGUAACAAAUGCAGACUUGAGUAGCCCACAACAUACAACCAAUCCACUGAGUGACUCCUAUUCCACGCCUUACAGUUAAACAGCUUAAGGUAUUUCACUACAGGUUACCAUAAGUCCCGAUUAAAUCCUUUAUUCUUUUCACAAAGAUAGAUUGGCUUAUAAAAUAAUACAUUAACUACUUCUCGUUUCAUAUAUGAGGCCAUAUAUCCACCUCUCCGUAUCACAGAUCAUGAGAUGACAGUCUUUAAAAAGGAUUUGUUAAAUACCAAUGUGCCCUCCAUAGGGGAAAACAAUCCCAACAUCUUUUUACAAAAAAAAAAAAAAAAACAAACCACAAAAAAAAACCCCAAAAAACCCCAACCCAAAACAAAAUAAACCCCCCAACCCCAAAACAAAACAAAAAG